GCCUAUCAUAACUGUAUAAACCUUUGGUGAUAAAAGUUGAAAAACUAAAAGACAACGGAAACGGAAAUCUACUAAAUAAGAAUUACAGCCCCGCUCCUUCUGCAAAAUGGAUGGACCUUCAACCAGUGCCGAAGCUGCGGCAGCUGGCAACGGUCCCGAUCCACGUUUGGAGCUGAUGGGUUCCUUUGUUAUAAAAUCCCUCAAAUUAAAACCCGAAAAAUGGACACGAGUCAUCACCGUAGAGGAGACCAAGGGAAUUAUAAAAGAAUUCCUGGAUCGGCCCACACCUGUAGUCCUUAUCAUAAUUCUAACACAAUCUGCACAGCUUUUGCCCUCAACCACAUUUCCACUGACACAACUGAAGAGCAAAGGAGUUUAUUUCAUUAAGAAACAUCCCGAGCCAAUACCACGGGAAAAUUGCAAUAACUUUAUAAUUAGCGGAGAUUUGGCCACAAGGACCAUCGAUCAGUUGUCAGCCCUGGUGGAAGAGGUGUUGGUACCUUUGCUAUCGAAUGAAAUCAACUACAAGACAUGGCCCUUCAUGGUGGCCCAGGAUGUACAGAAGCAUGUGCACAGUCUGAAGAGUACAGUGCAUCAGGUUAAGGGCCAGGUGAGCGGUGAGACCAUCCUGGCCAUGCCGGUGGGCGUAGAGAAAAUCGUAAAAGCCGCCAAUGCCAUCAGUGAAAAUCCUCAACUGCAAAUUGAUUUGUAUUUGAAAAGUGCCAUCGAAGGUGUGGUCAUCAAAUGGGCCACCCAGGUCCAUGAGGUCAUCAAGGAGAACCCGGCAAAUGCUUUCCUCAAUGGACAAAAUCCAACACCAACAACGGAAUUUGUUUUCUGGAAUAAUCGUUUGAAAAAUCUCUCAUUUAUUUUUGAUCAGCUGCGCAAUGAGCGCAUACGAGCCAUGGCUUUGGUUUUGGAACAUUCACGUAGUGCCUAUUUUCCCUGCUUUCAAACACUCUUCAAAAAUGUAGUUACUGCCCUUGCCGAAGCCAAGGACAUUACCAUGUACCUGAACCCUCUGAAGAAAUGUGUCCAGCAGCUGGAGGAAAUGGACUUUGCCGAAUGUAAACCCAUGCUAAUACCUCUAAUGCACGUUGUUUGCACCAUCUGGGGUAACUCCCGUUAUUAUAAUCACUCUUCGAAAAUCACAAUUCUGCUGAGACAGAUCUGCAAUCUGAUUAUACACCAGGCCAAACGCUUUCUGGACCCCUCGUCCAUAUUCCACAGCGACAUCGACGAAGCCAUGCAACGCCUGACAUUGUCCAUCGACAUUUUGAAAUUCUUUCGUGCUCUCUUUGAUCACUACAAGGAAAGAAUUGCCGAUUAUUUUAAAGAGCCCGAAGAGAGGCCACCGAUUCAUUGGACUUUUCAUCCUAAUUCAGUUUUCAAGCGCUACAAUGCUUUUCUGGAGCGUUUGACAACGAUACAGUGGUUCUUCUUCACGGUGAUUGAAUUCUUGAAGUUGGAGAAAGUUGAAAUCGGUGGUCUACGCGGUCGCCAACUGAGUACACGCAUUACGGCCGUUUAUGUUGAGUUCAAUCAAUACUUUACGGCAUUCGCAUCGAAGAGUUAUGAUGUUCUAGAUCCUGACGAUCUUGAAUUCGAUGUGGAUUUUGAAAAUUUUCAAAUGCGUAUACUAGAGUUGGACAUGAAAUUGGCAGCGAUACUGUGUCAGGCAUUCGACGACUGUUACAAUUUGGAGAGUAUUUUUAAGCUUAUCAACAUUGUGGGAAGCGUGUUGGAGAGACCCAAGAUCAAGGAGCAGUUUACACAAAAAUAUACCGAAAUUGUGCGUAUGUUGGACGAGGAGCUAACCGUGUGUGAGGAUAUCUAUGACAAACAAAUGUUUAUGAGAUCGGACAAUUUGACCCUGUAUCCAGAAUAUAACUGUCCACCGGCGGCAGCCUUUAUUCGCUGGUGUGGUCAACUGGAACGGAGGAUUACCAUACCCAUGAAACAAUUUCAGGCCUUACAACAUGAAAUAACCAAAUCGGAACAAUCACUGGACAUUAUAAAACGUUACGAACGUUUGCUGUUGAAAAUCGGCGCCAGUCGUUCAUAUGUCUUCGAAGAUUGGACCGAAAAGCUAAACGAACAAAUCGAAACGAAUUUGGAAAAGUCACUGAUCAAACGUGACCCCGAUUCGAAUUUGUUGAUACUCAAUUUUAGUGCUGAACUAUUCUGCAUACUCCGCGAAGUACAUUACCUCAAGCAAAUGGAAGUUGAAGGUGUACCCCAGGUGGCCUUGGAUUUCGCUGACAAGGGUGAUGUCUUUCGGACGUACACUUUGAAUUUGGAAAAGACCAUUGACUGGUACAACACCAUUCAUGAGAAUAGUUCGACGGUGGAAUUGAAAAUGAUCGAGAAGGAGAUACGUCAGAUUGACGAUUUGGUUGAGGUUGGCAUCAAUGAGUUGGUAUGGAAUUCGGAAGAUAUUCUCAGCUACCUGAAUAAGUUACGGCAACCGGUUGCCGCUCUCCAAAAUCGCAUGGAUCACACCCAGGGAAAUCUGAAACAAAUUCGUGACAUUAUGUCCGUUUGGGUGCGACAGCCAUUGUUCGAGCGGCGCGAUGGCAAAAAAGAUGCCGUGCUGUGCAUCGAUGAACGUCCCGAUCGCACGGCCAAGCGGUAUGCCGAGAUACAAGAAGCUUCGGAGAAAAUACACGAACUGCUACACGACAAUAUGCUACAAUUCGAUAUGCAGGACAAGCAGGACGAUGAGAUGUGGCUGAACUAUGUGGACUUUGUCGAUAACAUUGUCUAUGAGUAUUUGUUGAAAACCGUGGGCGUCAGUGUGGGUUAUAUUGUGGAAAAUAUGGAUCCGGAAAAUAAUUAUGCUCCACUGUUCGAGGCUCGUCUGGAAUUGGUGGAACCUAAUAUGGUGUUUGUACCCUCUUUGAACCCGGCCGAUAGCAUGGGUUUCAACAACAUGCUGAUCGAACUGGUGCGAGACAUUCUGAAAAUGGGUACCCUCGUGAAACGCCUCAAGAAAAAUGUCAAACAAAACUACGGUGAUAUGAUCAAGGCCAAUCAGGACAUCAUCGAUAUGCGUAGGGAAAUUCUGAACGGUGUGGAUCUGGUGAUGGAGGAGGCGGCCAUGUUUUGUCGGCAGUUCGAAAGAUAUUCGUAUUUGUGGUUGGACGAUCGCCACGAGUGUAUGGAAUAUUUUUUGGAGUAUGGUCGCAUACUGGAUGCCGACGAAAUCGAACUGGUCAUGCUGAAUGAUCCGGCAGCUCCCAAGCCCAGUCCACCCACCAUCGAGGCCUUCCGCGAACAGAUCGACAACUACGAGAGUCUCUACAAUGAAAUUGAAGAUAUUGCGCCCUUUCAAGUAUUCAGCUCCUGGUUUCAAGUCGAUGUGCGUCCCUUCAGACAGGCUUUGCUGAAUACUGUGUGCAAGUGGGGCAACAUGUUCAAGACACAUCUGGUGACGACGGUCACCUCGAAUCUGAUGGAUUUGAGCAACUUUAUACGUAAGGCCGACGAGGGUCUGCUGCAGACCGUCAAGGAGGGAGACUAUGAGGGUUUGGUCAGCAUUAUGGCCUAUCUGAUGCAGGUCAAGGAGAGGGCCGUCAAAACGGAUGAAAUGUUUGAGCCAAUGCAGGAGACAAUUCAAUUGCUGAAAUACUACGACAUGGACAUACCGGAGGAGGUGAAUGUAUUGCUGCAGGAGUUGCCCGAACAGUGGGCGAAUACCAAGAAAAUCGCUAGUACGGUGAAGCAGCAGGUUUCGCCACUGCAAGCCACUGAAGUGGUCAGCAUACGCAAUAAGGUGGCCGCAUUUGAGAUAUAUGUUCAACAGUUUCGUGAUACCUUUAAACACUACAACUUCUUUCGUUACGACUGUGCCCAACCAUAUCGCCUGUGUGAUCGCAUCAAUGACGACAUGCAUCGGUUAGAGUGUGAAAUGGCUGAGAUACAGGAAUCGGGUGGGCUGUUUGAGGUUAAUAUACCGGAGUUUAAGCUGCUAAAACAAUGUCGCAAGGAGUUGCGCAUGUUGAAGCAACUAUGGGACUAUGUCUUCAUUGUCCAAACCUGCAUCGAAGACUGGAAAACGACACCAUGGCGCAAAGUUGAUGUGGAAAACAUGGACAUCGAGUGCAAGAAAUUCGCCAAAGAUAUCCGCCUGCUCGACAAGGAAAUGCGGUCCUGGGAUACUUUCAUAAAUCUGGAAGCAACUGUCAAGAAUAUGUUGACCUCUUUGAGGGCCGUGGGUGAACUGCAGAAUCCGGCAAUUAGAGAGCGCCAUUGGAAUCAAUUGAUGAACUCAACCAAGAGUCUAGCAGCGCUCCCCAAGGAGAUAACCGUCAAAUUCAUAAUGGACCAUGACACAACACUAGCCGAACUGCUUGGCCUGAAUCUGCACGAGUGCGAAGAAGAAGUCAAGAACAUCGUAGACAAGGCCGUCAAGGAAAUGUCUAUGGAGAAGAUCCUGCGAGAUCUCAAUACCACGUGGUCUGCGAUGGAAUUCGAUCACGAACUCCACCCACGCACCGGAUGUAACCUCCUCAGAGCCUCGGAAGAACUCAUAGAGACUCUCGAAGAUAAUCAGGUUUGUCUCCAGAAUCUCAUAACAUCCAAGUACAUCGCUCAUUUCCUCGAAGAGGUCUCAGCGUGGCAGAAUAAGCUGAUGAUCGCUGAUCAGGUAAUAACGGUUUGGUUCGAGGUGCAACGCACUUGGACACAUCUCGAGAGUAUCUUCAUGAGUUCGGAAGAUAUCCGCAAACAGCUGCCAGUCGACUCGGAUCGCUUCGACCGCAUCGAUGCCGAAUUUCGCGUCCUGAUGGAUGAAAUGGCGAACUCCUCGAACGUCGUCACAUCCACCAACCGACCCGGGUUGAUUGAACGCUUGGAGAGCCUGCAGAAGGAGCUUACACUGUGUGAGAAGGCGCUGGCAGAGUACUUGGAAACAAAGCGUUUGGCUUUUCCUCGUUUCUACUUUGUGUCGUCGGCCGAUCUGCUGGACAUCCUGAGCAAUGGAAUUCAACCGGACAUGGUGACCAAGCACCUGACGAAGCUCUUCGACUCGAUUGCCCGUCUGAAGUUUAAUCGCGACGAGAAGAAUGAGGUGGAGACCGCCUCGGGCAUGUACGCCAAGGAUGGCGAGUACGUUGAGUUCCACGAAGUGACCAGCAUGCGAGGACCCGUAGAAGUAUGGCUUAAUCGCAUACAGGCAGCCAUGAGAGUGUCAUUGCGUCACUACAUUGGCGACGCCGUGGUUGCCUAUGAGGAAAAGCAACGUGAACAAUGGUUGUUCGACUAUCCUGCCCAAGUGUCGCUCUGUGGCUCACAGAUCUGGUGGUCCACAGAGGUGAACAUCGCAUUCAGCCGCCUGGAAGAGGGUUACGAUAAUGCCAUCAAGGACUACUACAAGAAACAGAUCUCCCAGCUGAGUUUGCUCAUCACACUGCUCCUGGGCGAGCUCACGAAGGGAGAUCGCCAGAAGAUCAUGACCAUCUGCACGAUAGACGUUCACUCCCGCGACGUCAUAGCGAAGAUAAUUCAGGCCAAGUUGGAUUCGGGUUCGGCUUUCAUGUGGCAAUCGCAACUGCGGCAUCGUUACGACGAUGUGGAGAAGGAUUGUUUUGCCAACAUCUGCGAUGCUGAGUUCCGCUACAACCACGAGUAUCUAGGUAAUACGCCGCGUUUGGUCAUUACGCCGUUGACAGAUCGUUGUUACAUUACGUUGACCCAGAGCCUGCAUCUGGUGAUGGGCGGUGGUCCGGCGGGACCGGCAGGUACGGGUAAGACGGAAACCACCAAGGAUUUGGGUAGGGCCAUUGGCAUAAUGGUCUAUGUUUUCAAUUGUUCGGAACAAAUGGACUACCAGUCGUGUGGCAAUAUCUACAAGGGUUUGGCCCAAACAGGGGCCUGGGGUUGUUUUGAUGAGUUCAAUAGGAUAACGGUGGAGGUGUUGUCGGUGGUUGCUGUCCAGGUGAAGUCGGUACAGGACGCGAUACGAGACAAGAAGGAUAAGUUCAAUUUUAUGGGUGAAAUCAUAACCUGUGUACCGUCGGUGGGUAUUUUCAUAACCAUGAAUCCUGGCUAUGCAGGACGUACGGAGCUGCCGGAGAAUUUAAAGGCCCUCUUUCGUCCCUGUGCAAUGGUGGUACCGGAUUUUGAAUUGAUUUGUGAGAUUAUGUUGGUUGCUGAGGGCUUUCAAGAUGCGCGUGUUUUGGCGAGGAAGUUCAUUACCCUCUACACGUUGUGCAAGGAGCUUCUGUCGAAACAGGAUCAUUACGAUUGGGGUUUGAGGGCAAUUAAAUCUGUAUUGGUUGUUGCCGGUUCCCUGAAGCGUGGUGAUCCCGGCCGUCCCGAAGAGGAGGUGCUCAUGCGAGCUCUACGUGAUUUUAACAUACCCAAAAUUGUCACCGACGAUAUGCCAGUGUUUAUGGGUCUAAUUAGUGAUCUCUUCCCAGCGCUGGAUGUGCCACGAAAACGUGAUCAAGAUUUUGAACGAACAGUAAAACAGGCCGCCUCCGAUUUAUUGCUACAAACGGAAGAUACCUUCAUUCUAAAGGUUGUACAACUGGAAGAGCUACUGGAAGUCCGACAUUCCGUUUUUAUUGUUGGUAAUGCUGGCACGGGUAAGACUCAAGUUUGGAAGACCCUAUUGCGCACCUACCAGAAUAUCAAACGGAAACCCAUCUUCAAUGACCUGAAUCCCAAGGCGGUGACCAACGACGAAUUGUUUGGCAUUAUCAAUCCGGCAACGAGGGAAUGGAAGGAUGGUCUGUUCUCGGUGAUCAUGAGAGAUCAAGCAAACAUAACGGGCGAUCAACCCAGGUGGAUUGUGCUCGAUGGUGACAUUGAUCCCAUGUGGAUCGAGAGUUUGAAUACCGUUAUGGAUGACAACAAAGUCUUGACUUUGGCGAGCAAUGAGCGCAUUGCGUUGACGCCUUCGAUGCGUUUGCUCUUUGAGAUUUCGAAUCUGAGAACGGCCACUCCUGCAACGGUGUCCAGGGCAGGGAUAUUGUAUAUUAACCCGCAGGAUUUGGGAUGGAAUCCCUAUGUCACCAGCUGGGUGGAGACCCGCAAAAUACCCUCGGAGAAAUCCAAUCUGGUAAUGCUGUUCGAUAAAUACAUUCCUGCAUCGCUGGAAACGAUUCGAGUGCGCUUCAAGAAAAUCACACCCAUUGCCGAAAUGGCCCACAUCCAGAUGCUGUGCCAUCUGCUGGAAUGCUUUUUGACCCCGGCUAACACACCAGCCGACUGUCCCAAAGAGUGGCACGAACUGUAUUUUGUUUUUGCCUGCAUUUGGGCAUUCGGUUCGGCUAUGUUCCAGGAUCAAACCAUUGACUAUCGUGUGGAGUUUAGUAAAUGGUGGGUAAAUGAGUUCAAGACGGUCAAAUUUCCACAGGGAGGCACUGUCUUUGACUAUUAUUUGGACAAUGAAACCAAACAGUUUCUGCCAUGGACCGAGAAAAUACCCAAAUUUGAAUUGGAUGGUGAUUUACCUUUGCAGGCAGUGCUGGUCCACACCUCCGAGUCCAUACGCAUCAGAUUUUUCCUGGAUCUGUUAAUGGAAAAGAAACACCCCGUGAUGUUGGUGGGCACGGCGGGAUGUGGCAAAACUGUGCUAAUCAACGAGAAAUUGAUAUCCCUAUCCGAAAACUAUGCUGUGGCCACCAUACCCUUCAAUUUCUACACCACCUCAGAGAUGUUACAGAAAAUCCUUGAAAAACCUUUGGAAAAGAAGGCAGGACGCAAUUAUGGUCCGCCGGGCAAUAAGACCCUGAUCUACUUCAUUGAUGACAUGAAUAUGCCCGAGGUGGAUUGCUAUGGCACGGUGCAACCACACACCCUGAUGCGCCAACAUCUGGACUAUGGUCAUUGGUAUGAUCGCAACAAGUUGACCCUGAAGGAUAUCCACAAUUGCCAGUAUGUGGCCGCCAUGAAUCCCACAGCAGGUAGUUUUACCAUAAAUCCCCGCCUACAGAGACACUUUUGUGUCCUGGCUGUUAGUUUUCCCGGCACCGAGUCCAUUACCAUGAUGUACUCUUCGAUUUUGUCACAACAUUUUGCUAAUGCGGAGCAAAAAUUCAACCCGGUGGUUAUGAAAAUGACACCCAACAUUGUGGCGGCAACUUUGGCCCUGCACAACAAGGCAUCGCAGGUUUUCCUGCCGACGGCAAUUAAAUCACAUUACAUCUUCAAUUUGCGGGAUAUCAGUAAUGUUUUUCAGGGCCUCCUCUUCAGCUCAGCUGAUUGCCUGCCAAUGCCAACGGAUUUGAUACGCCUGUGGCAGCAUGAAACCCAACGGGUCUAUGCCGACAAGCUGACCGAUGAAAAGGACAUCGAUAGCUUUACGAAGAUGCAACACGACAUUGUGAAGAAAUCCUUUGAAGAAAUUGACGAAUCGGUGAUCUUCGACAAGCCGAACAUCUAUUGUCAUUUCGCUGGAGGAAUUGGUGAACCUAAGUAUAUGCCAAUAGCGGCAUGGACUGAGCUUCACAAACUCCUCCAGGAGGCAAUGUCUUCAUAUAAUGAUUUGGUUGCGGCCAUGAAUCUGGUGUUGUUCGAGGAUGCCAUGAUGCAUGUGUGCCGGAUCAAUCGAAUACUGGAGUCGCCGAGGGGUAGUGCCCUGCUGGUGGGUGUGGGAGGUAGCGGCAAACAGUCAUUGUCAAGGUUGGCGGCAUUUAUAUCCAGUUUGGAGGUGGUGCAGAUUCAAUUGAAAAAGGGCUACGGGGUAGGGGAUUUGAAGAACGAAUUCUCCGGCCUGUAUUUGAAAUCUGGCUUGAAAAAUGUCGGCAUUAUGUUCCUCAUGACCGAUGCCCAAAUACCCAGCGAGGAUUUUCUGGUCCUCAUCAAUGACAUGCUGUCGACAGGUGAAAUACCCGACCUCUUUCCCGACGAUGAAAUCGAAAACAUUAUUGCAGGGGUGCGCAAUGAGGUCAAAGGUGCCGGUUUGGUUGAUACUCGGGAGAAUUGUUGGAAAUUCUUUAUAGAUCGGGUACGCAAACAAUUGAAAAUUGUUCUGUGUUUCUCUCCGGUCGGCUCGACGUUGCGUGUGCGCUCCCGGAAAUUCCCCUCCAUCAUCAAUGCCACCUCCAUCAAUUGGUUCCACGAAUGGCCCCAGGAGGCGCUGAUUUCUGUGGCCAUGAACUUUUUGUCCCAGAACGAAGUGUUGCCCGAUCAUCAUCGUGAUUCGGUGGCAAAAUUCAUGGCAUAUGUCCACACCUCCGUCAAUGCCACCUCUAAGGUGUAUUUGCAAAAUGAGCGGCGCUACAAUUACACCACCCCGAAAAGUUAUUUGGAACAAAUAAGCCUCUAUCUCAAGCUCUUGAAUGGCAAGCAUGAAGAUUUGCAAAGCAAAAUUGUGCGUUUGGAAAAUGGCCUGGAAAAGCUGCGGUCCACAGCGGUGCAAGUGGCGGAUCUGAAAGUAAAACUGGCAGUCCAGGAAGUCGAACUGAAAGAGAAAAAUGAGGCAGCCGAUGCUUUGAUUGAAAUUGUGGGCAUUGAAACGGAAAAGGUACAAAGCGAAAAAGCCCUGGCCGAUGAGGAGGAAAUGAAGGUGGCCAUAAUUGCCGAUGAGGUGUCGAAGAAGCAAAAGGAUUGCGAAGAGGAUUUAUUGAAAGCCGAACCAGCCUUGGUGGCAGCCCAGGAGGCUUUGAAUACCCUGAACAAAGCAAAUUUGACAGAAUUGAAAUCAUUUGGUUCCCCUCCCGGUGCGGUGACCAAUGUCACAGCGGCUGUUAUGGUCCUGUUGGCUCCUGGUGGCAAAUUGCCCAAAGAUCGUUCGUGGAAGGCAGCCAAAAUUGCCAUGGCCAAGGUGGACAGUUUCUUGGAUUCUCUCAUCACGUAUGACAAGGAGAACAUCCAUCCGGAAAUUAUCAAGGCCAUACAACCGUAUUUGAAAGAUCCAGAAUUUGAACCGGAAUUUGUCCGAUCCAAAUCGGGCGCCGCAGCUGGCCUCUGUGCCUGGGUCAUAAAUAUUAUUAAAUUCUAUGAAGUCUACUGCGAUGUGGAGCCUAAAAGAAAGGCCCUGGCUGCAGCCAAUGCGGAAUUGGCGGCAGCUCAGGAGAAGCUGGCAGGGAUCAAGAGGAAAGUGGCGAGUUUGGAAGAACAAUUGGCCAAGCUAACAGCUGAUUUCGAACAGGCAACAGCUGAUAAGUUGCGUUGCCAAAAGGAGGCCGAUGCUACACAGGCAACGAUUGCCUUGGCCAAUCGUCUUGUGGGUGGCUUGGCUAGUGAAAAUGUGCGCUGGGCUGAGGCCGUAAACAAUUUCGUCAAACAAGGUAUCACCCUGCCUGGGGAUAUUCUGCUCAUUACCGCCUUCAUCUCCUAUGUCGGCUGUUUCACCAAACAAUUUCGCAUUGAUUUAAUGCAGAAAAUGUGGACUCCAUUCCUGAAGAAUUUAGAUCCACCCAUACCGACCACAGAGAGUUUAGAUCCCUUGUCGCUGCUUACCGAUGAUACCACAGUGGCGGUUUGGACCAAUGAAGGGUUGCCAUCGGAUCGCAUGAGCAUUGAAAAUGCCACGAUUUUGUCGAACUCCGAAAGGUGGCCGUUGAUGAUUGAUCCUCAGCUUCAAGGUGUCAAAUGGAUCAAAGAAAAAUAUGGCGAGUCCCUGACGGUCAUACGCAUGGGCCAGCGCAGCUAUUUGGAGACAAUUGAAACGGCCAUCACCAAGGGCCACACUGUGCUCAUAGAAAACAUAGAUGAAAACCUGGAUCCGGUAUUGGAUUCCCUGUUGGGCCGAAAUCUCAUUAAGAAGGGAAAAGCCAUCAAAGUGGGUGACAAGGAAAUCGAAUACAAUUCCAAUUUCCGCUUGAUACUGCACACCAAACUAGCCAAUCCUCACUACAAACCCGAAAUGCAAGCACAAACCACUUUAAUUAACUUCACUGUGACCCGUGAUGGCUUGGAAGACCAACUACUGGCUGAGGUUGUUAAGGCUGAACGACCGGAUUUAGAAGAGCUAAAGGCCGAGCUGACAAAACAACAAAAUGAUUUUAAAAUAAUGCUCAAGAAGCUCGAAGAUGAUUUGCUGUCCCGAUUGUCUUCAGCAGGACAGAAUAUUUUAGGUGACACCGCCUUGGUGGAGAAUUUGGAGACCACAAAGAGUACAGCUUCAGAAAUUGAACAAAAGGUGGCCGAGGCCAAGAUAACCUCCAAAGAAAUCGACAAGGCUCGAGAAUAUUAUCGUCCGGCGGCAGCCAGGGCCAGUCUGCUUUAUUUUAUCCUCAAUGAGCUGAACACCAUUAAUCCGAUUUACCAAUUCUCUUUGAAGGCCUUCAGUGUGGUCUUCCAAAAAGCCAUAGCCAAGGCAGAGCCAGGCGAUACCUUAAAUGUGCGUGUUGCCAACCUUAUCGACUGUAUUACCUAUUCGGUGUUCCAGUACACGAGUCGAGGGCUUUUUGAAUGUGACAAAUUGAUAUUUACCUCUCAAAUGACAUUCCAGAUUCUAUUGAUGAGCGAAGAAAUCACUUCCGCGGAACUGGACUUCUUACUUCGCUUCCCGAUCAAACCGCAUGUGACAAGUCCCGUAGACUUUCUCUCGAAUCAAUCGUGGGGCGGAAUAUGCAGUCUAUCGUCCAAGGAUGAGUUUCGCAAUUUGGAUCGUGACAUAGAGACGUCUUCGAAGCGUUGGAAGAAAUUGGUCGAAUCUGAGCUGCCGGAAAAAGAGAAAUUCCCCCAAGAAUGGAAAAAUAAAACAGCUCUGCAAAGGCUGUGCAUGAUAAGGGCUCUUAGGCCGGAUCGUAUGACCUAUGCAUUGGCAGAUUUCAUUGAGGAGAAAUUGGGGUCAAAAUAUGUGGAAAAUCGGGCCAUGGAAUUUGCCAAGUCCUAUGAGGAGGCCUCGCCUUCUACACCCAUAUUCUUUAUAUUGUCUCCGGGUGUAAAUCCCCUAAAAGAUGUUGAGGCAUUGGGCAAACAAUUGGGUUUCACCAUGGAUUUGGGUAAUUUCCACAAUGUUUCGUUGGGUCAGGGCCAGGAGGCCAUUGCUGAGGCUGCCAUGGAUAUUGCCGCGAAAAAUGGACAUUGGGUGGUCUUGCAAAAUAUCCAUUUGGUAAGGAAAUGGUUGCCCACCUUGGAAAAGAAACUGGAAUACUAUGCCGAGGGAUCCCAUGAGGAUUAUCGCAUGUUUUUGAGUGCCGAACCGGCCUCAACGCCCUCGGCCCAUAUUAUACCCCAGGGCAUUCUCGAAUCCUCCAUCAAAAUCACCAACGAACCUCCCACCGGUAUGUUGGCCAAUCUCCACAAAGCUUUGGACAAUUUCACCCAAGAGACCCUGGAAAUGUCUAGCAAGGAAGCGGAAUUCAAGGCUAUACUUUUCUCUCUGUGCUAUUUUCAUGCCGUGGUGGCGGAACGUCGCAAAUUCGGGCCUCAGGGUUGGAAUAAGGUCUACCCCUUCAAUGUUGGAGACUUGAACAUAAGUGUAUCGGUGUUGUACAAUUAUCUGGAGGCCAAUGCCAAGGUACCAUGGGAGGAUCUGCGUUAUCUGUUUGGUGAGAUUAUGUAUGGCGGCCACAUCACCGAUGACUGGGAUCGCAAGCUGUGCAUUAUGUAUCUGGAGGAGUACAUGCAGCCAGAUUUGGUGGAUGGUGAAUUGUUUUUGGCCCCGGGAUUUCCGGCUCCACCCAACACCGAUUAUCAGGGCUAUCACAAUUACAUUGAAGAGAAUAUGCCGGCAGAGUCCCCAUAUUUAUAUGGUCUGCAUCCAAAUGCAGAAAUUGGUUUCUUGACCACGCGGGCGGAAAAUGUCUUCCGCACGGUGUUUGAAAUGCAGCCAAGAGAUGCAGGGGCUGGAGGUGGGGCCACCGUGACCCGUGAAGAUAAGGUGAAGCAAAUUGUGGAUGAAAUCAUUGAAAAGCUACCAGAGGAAUUCAACAUGGUUGAGAUAAUGAACAAGGUGGAGGAGAGGACACCCUAUGUCAUUGUGGCCUUCCAGGAGUGUGAACGCAUGAACUAUUUGACCAGUGAAAUGAAACGGAGUCUCAGGGAACUUGAUUUGGGUCUGAAAGGAGAAUUGACCACCACCUCCGAUAUGGAGGUCUUGGAAAAUGCCUUAUUCCUGGAUCAGGUGCCUCCCUCAUGGGCCGCCCGGGCUUAUCCUUCGUUGCUGGGGUUGAAUAACUGGUUUAUCGAUUUGUGUUUGCGUCUGCGGGAACUGGAGACAUGGUCCACAGAUUUUGUGCUCCCCUCCGUGGUAUGGCUGGCCGGCUUCUUCAAUCCCCAGUCACUGCUGACGGCCAUUAUGCAAAGCACAGCCCGGAAGAAUGAGCUGCCAUUGGACAAGAUGUGUCUCGUCUGCGAUGUGACCAAGAAACAAAAAGAAGAUUUCACAUCAGCGCCACGAGAAGGCGCCUACAUUCAUGGAAUAUUUAUGGAAGGCGCCAGAUGGGACAUCCAGCAGGGUAUAAUUAUGGAGUCGCGACUCAAAGAGCUGUAUCCGCCGAUGCCGGUGAUAAAUAUACGGGCCAUCACCCAAGACAAGCAAGAUUUACGCAACAUGUAUGAGUGUCCUGUCUACAAGACCCGCACCCGAGGUCCCACCUAUGUGUGGACAUUUAAUUUGAAAACCAAAGAUAAACCGGGCAAAUGGACCCUGGCCGGUGUGGCAUUGCUGUUACAAACUUAGAAUGCAAAAAUAAACUUCCACUGCACGAGUUACUACCCACUCCUGUUCUUCUUCGUCGAGUACACAUAAAUUAGUUACUUACAUACAAACAUAUUUAUUAGCACUCUGUUAAAUUUAAAUGUUUUUUGCAAUUCCUAAUAAAAAAUUGUUGCCUUAGGCGAAAAUACCACUA